UUGGCUGUCCGCUCAGCUCAAACACUCAGACCGGAAGUGGUCGCAGCACAGAGAGGAGACUUUAACGUUAUAUUUUUGUUAUUUUUCGUGUUUUUCGUGUUUUUCUAGCAGCGAGUUUCUGCUGUUAUGUGAGAUGUGUGAUCAGAGAGGAGGACGGACUCUGUCACUAUGAGCUCAGUUUGGGAUGUCAGAGGAGGACACUGAACUGGGAUAAACACACACACACACACACACACACACACACACACACACACACACACACACACACACACACACACACACACACACAGAUCCACAGGUGUACGGAUGUCCCUCACACUGACGGCCAUGAGUGACAGCACAGUGAGCGGCCAGCAGCAGCAGCAGUGGUCGGGGUCCGGGGGUCCGGGGCCCCAGCAGCCUCCCAGGGGCCCCUACAUCUCAGUCAUUACCAACAGGACCACCAACCUGCUGAUCCGAGGGGCCAUGCUGUUCUCUGUGGGAGUCUUUCUGGCUCUGGUGCUCAACUUACUCCAGGUGCAGAGAAACGUCACCCUCUUCCCCCCCGACGUCAUCAGCAGCAUCUUCUCCUCGGCGUGGUGGGUGCCGCCCUGCUGUGGCACCGCCUCAGCGAUGAUCGGGCUUCUGUAUCCGUGCAUCGACAGCCGUCUGGGCGAGCCGCACAAGUUCAAGCGCGAGUGGUCGAGCGUGAUGCGCUGCGUCGCCGUGUUCGUGGGCAUCAACCACGCCAGCGCUAAAGUGGACUUUGCCAACAACGUGCAGCUGUCUCUGACGCUGGCGGCGCUCUCCAUCGGUCUGUGGUGGACGUUCGAUCGCAGCCGCAGCGGCUUCGGCCUCGGAGUCUCCAUCGCUCUGCUGGCGACGCUCGCCACACAGCUGCUGGUUUAUAACGGGGUGUUUCAGUAUACGUGUCCAGACUUCCUGUACAUCCGCUCCUGGUUACCCUGCAUCUUCUUCGCUGGGGUGAUAACGAUGGGGAACAUCGGGCGGCAGCUAGCCUUGUACGAGUAUAAGUUCAUUCAGGAGAAGACUCAUCAGGACUGAAUCUGAGUCGUGUUCUCGCAGCGUUUGCCGGCCGGCCCCGAAACCAGUACUGAGCUCCUCCUUUAACUGGACCAGACAGUAUUUUAAUUUUUUUUGUG